UGCAACAUGGCGGCAGACCACAUCAGCGAGCUGGCGAGCAUGGACAGCUCCAGCAGAAGCGCUCGAGCCGCUUUCUGCAGCGACAGAUACUCUGUGCUGGUCAUUGUUGGACAGACCGGUCCGGCUGGAUUUGUGGAUUUACUCGUGUCAGAGACUGAAAGAGGUAUUCGCUCCUGGAACGUCGACUUGACCGCCUGCAACAUAGAUGAACAGCUAAAGCUGUUUAUUUCAAGACACUCUGCUUUCUUCUCUGAAGACCUCAAAGGCCAGAAGACCCUGCAGCACAAAGGGGAUGUGCUUGAGACCCAGGUGAUAGUGAACCCAUCUCAUGAUUUGGUUUGUUCAGAGGUGAGUGAAGAAGUGCUAUGUGCAUAUUUAAUCAAAUACAUGGCUCAGAACUUCGCAAACAAAACUUCUAAGCCUGAAAAGCAAGUGUCUAAGAAAGAACCUAUUAAAGAUGAGAAAAAGGAAGUUAGGAAGAAAGAGGAAAGGCCAGUGGCAAGUAUGGCAAAGAAAGAUGAGAACGUAGAGAAAAAGAAAGAACCCUUGAAAAAAGAUAUUGGUGCAAAGCCCAAGAAAGAUAUUAAACCCGAGUUGAAAAAAGAGAUUAAGAAAGAGGUCAAACCAGAAGACAAAAAAACUACCAAAACUCUGGUGAAGGAUGUUAAGAAAGCAGCUGGAAAUUUGCCAGGUAAUGCAGAGUCUAGAAAGCCAAUGGGCAAGAAUGGCUCACUAAAGAGAGACUUGACGGUCCCUAAAAAGGAUUAUUUAACCAAAGGGAAGCCAAAGCCAGACAAAAAGGAGCCUGACAAUCUGAAACCCUCAAGUGCAGAGCAGUCAAAGACAUCUACACCUGAGGACAUUACUGCUCAGUUGGAAAAGUUGGGUAUUGCAAAUGAAUAUGGGCCAUUGCAGGAUGUUGAAGGCAACCCUUUGAUCUCAAGAACUGAAUGUGCCUCUGGGAACAAUGACAAGCAGGUGAAUGGCUCUACAACAGGUACUGAUGAAAGUCCAGAGAAGUUUCGCAGUAUGGAUGGGGCCCCUGGCUCGAACAGUGCUAUUGGACUUCCCUCCCCACUUUCAAAGACUUCAAAGAGUGAGAAAAGUGUUAAUUUUGAUAUCACGCCAACAGAGCUUGAUGGAUGCCUCAAAGACGACGUCUGUACAAGCUCAGAUGAAAAAACCCUUGAGUUAGUUUCCCCCACGGACUCUGGGAAGAACAGUUCAGGGCAUUACCCACAAUCUCCUGACAAUUCUUCUCAGGUCUCUGGGGAAGAUUGCAAGGUAGGCCUCAGGAACUCUGGUCUUGGUUUUGACGACAGUCAGCAAGUCUGCAAGAACUCAAUGGCAGGUUGUUCAAGAAGCAAUAUAGAAAACAGCUCCAUAUCAUCGCAAGAUAGACAAUCAAGCUUUCUCUCCUCAACUUCUUUUAAAGAUACUCUACCCGAUGGCUCUCCCAGCAUCACUUCCUUUCCUGCAGAGGUUGGCUCUCCACACUCCACUGAAGUAGAUGAUUCCUUAUCGGUUUCCUUUGAACAAGUGCCUGUUUGUCAUUCACAGGAAGAGAUGGGCAGCUUGGCAUACACUAAUGGACAUUUAGCAGACCGUGACCCCAAAACAGAUAUGUCUUUACCUUUAAAAACAUCUCAUAAUAGUUACCACACAUAUGACGAAUCUGAGAAUCACCUCUUUGGACCACAGAUUGACAUCCUUCCACAUGAUGUUGAUCUAUGUCUGGUUUCACCUUGUGAGUUUAAGCAUCACAAAUCUCCAGAAAACCAACAGGGACUCUCCUCGGAGGUUGCUGCCCCAAGUCCUAACCUCUCUCUGGAGCCCGGUAGACUGCCCUACCAGUGCAGUAGUAGUGAUCAUCAGUCUCUGGAAGGUCAGGAGACGACGCCCUCUGUCAGCGUCUCUCUCAUCUCGGUUUCUGAUUCUGAUGUGCCACCAGCCACCGAAGAGUGUCCCUCCAUUACUGAGGACUUGGACUCUGAUGAGGACCCUAGUGACAUCUUUCCACCCAACCACCCUCAUGACCAUCCUAGCAGCCAUUCGGUACACCACAAUUCACAGCAUGUCACUGAAGACCCUCCACCUGCCCCCAUGAAGGACUUACCACCACUGCCACCCCAGCCCGGUGCCUGCAUGGCUGACCCAGAGGCUGAUGGUCAGGGUAGAUCCUCCAAGAAUGUAACAUCAAAGACCAAAAAAACAGCACCUGUGUCCACAAAGACUGCAUCUGCAAACAUCGUAAUGCAGAGUGGGAAGACAAAGACUGGUGCUCCGGUGUCUGCCAGUGGAACUAUUCGGCCAACGUCCAGUCUGGACACCAGACCUGCAUCCCGCAAUGCUAUCAGCGGAUCUAGACCAGUGCCUUCAAAGUCUUCAUCCAGUUCUGUCGCUGCAAAUUCAAGUUCAGUACCCAUCUGUUUGGACUUGGCAUAUUUGCCCUCUGGCUCAGCAGCUUCCACUGUCGAUGUGGAGUUUUUCCGGCGUCUCCGCUCAUCCUGCUAUAUAAUUAGUGGAGAUGAGCCGCACAAGGAGACAGUCAUGAGAUCUAUUCUCGACUCUCUUUUAGAGGGCAAAGCAUCCUGGCCAGAUGUUCAGGUGACUUUGAUCCCCACGUUUGAUUCGCUGGCUAUGCACCGCUGGUACCAGGAGACCCACGAACGGCAGAGAGAUCUAGCGAUCACGGUACUUGGGAGCAACAGCACCGUAGCCAUGCAGGACGAGACCUUCCCAGCAUGCAAAGUGGAGUUUUAAAGACACCCGAAGAAUCACACCCCUGCCUGUCUCUAGAGCACUUCUGUUCACUUUCAAAAUGUUGUCUCUCAGUUUCUCACGUUUUAUCUUGAGCAGCAGGACGAAGCAAUUCAGUUCCAUUCAUCAGGAUUUACUUAUCUGUAAUGUUAACACUUCUACACAUCUACACUUGCUGCUUAUUGAAAUGUUAGUCUACUCUGUUCACACAGAAUCCUAUGUUGCCAUUUAUUUUCUUUAUGGCUAUUUUUAGCAGUUUUACACUUGUCCAUGUGAUUUUAUUCAUUGCAUCUUGUUGAUUAUCUAGCAUCAAGUUUCAUCUGAACAGUUUACCAUAUCUUAUGGUCCUACAUUACUUAUACAUUUUGCACAGUUUUGAUGCCAUUUGGAAAACUAUGGCAGAAUAGAGUCAGACAUGCAGGUUAACACUUGAUAUUUUUAUAAAUGGCAGAUGUAUUCCAGUGUUUCACUGUACAGAUCCUGCACUCCUUAGUAUAAUUUUUUUUUUUGGUCUGUCAGUGAGACCUUUAGCAAGUUUGUUUUCUUCUAGAGGGAGAAUGAGGGCAAUUAAAAUAUUAUGUUUUGUUUACCAGAACUGCACCGCCUUUGUCAAUACAUGAACAGACACAGCUAUACUGGCUAGAUAAACACUUCUCUAGUACAGUAAUUUGUACCAAAUGCAUUUCCAGAUUAAAACAUUCAGUGGAAAGUGUGGUUUCGCAGUGUAAGCAAGAUAAAAUUUUAGUGCAUCAAAUGACUUGUGUGUGAACACUGUAGCAAAGUUAAGUAUUUUUUGUGAAGCGUAUAUGAAAAUGUAUGUAGUGAAAGCCAAGAAACAUUUUAAUUCUGCAUUUAUUAAGAGUGGAGAAUAUUAUAGUCUUUGCGUUUUUUGUCCCACUUACUUGGCUGCUUUUGGUGGAGACAUAUGUGUACAAAGCUUGAAUGCCUUAAUGCUCUUGCCAUCAUCGACAAACACUAAAGCAGCAUAUCAUUCAUGACACUUAAUUUGAGUUAUGAAUACUUUUUGCUGAUCACCUUGCUUUUCUGAUUUUUAUUGAAUGUCAUUUAGACAAGCUCAACCAAUGUGUACGUUGUCACAGCACUGCUAACCUUUCUGAGAAAUAAAAUGUUUCAUUGUGAUCAGGUGGAGACAUUUCCAUAAAAA